GAUUUUUUUGCGUAGUUAUUCAAUGAUGAGGUGAAUUGUGAUAUUCUCUGAUGUGUUCAAUUAAUGCUGCUCAUUUGAUAUACUCAAUGUUACUCUGUUGAGAGAGAGAGACAGCUGCCUGCCACACUUGAUUGAAUACUUCACUACAACCAGAGGCAGUGGGGCAGUGCAGCAGCAGCAGUCUAGGCCGAAUUUGCUCAUCUUCAUUUGCUACAUUACUGAGAAGCGAAGCCCACAAAUCUGUAACUUGAGUGGAUAUUGAAAGGGAUUUUUGAUAAGCACAUCUUGAUUGACAUUGUAUUUGAUGUAUUAGCACCCUCACACAUUUGACAACUUGCUAUAGGCACUUGCAUUUUUUUCAAUUUUUUCUUGCCAAGGAGCAAUCCCAGUUUUGGGAGGGAGUUGUUGUAGAGACUUUUGCUCCAAGAAACCAUGAUGCCUUCAAACAACGGUUACCAAGCUUCCUUCAGCUCUGGCCCUGGAAAUGCUUCACCCAUUUACCAUCAAGUGAAUGGCAUUGGUGGAAGCAAUGGAUUUCCCUCCUCUACACCACAACCUGUCAGCACUACAGGGCAGCCCAUUAAGUCCUUCGCUAUUCCAGCUCCAGGGCAACCUCCUCCAUUUCGGCCUCCUGCAUCAAUAUCAUCGGCCAUGCCACUAGCUCCAACUCAACCCCCGGCAUUUAAACCCCCUGUAUUUUCAAGUUUUCCCAGACCUCCUGCAUCUCAACCUCAGUUCACGCCUAAUUUAUCUCAACCCCUAGCUGCACGUGCUCCAGUUCUCUCGCCUGCCUCCCAACCUCAGGGUUUUACUGCUCCUGGAACCCAGCCUUCAUCCUCGUCUUCUUUCAAUGGCGGCGGUGGAGUUGCGUCGGCGGCGGUCCGACCUCCUCUUUUUUCAACUGGCAAUCAAGCCAGUUUCAUAGCCCCUGGUGCUUCCUCCUCGGCCAGUUCUAUGCCUGCUUUUAAUCCUUCAUUUUCCAAUAGUUCAAAACCAAUUAAUGGAAGUGGUCCCCCAUCCAGACCUAGUUCAGUGAAUUUACCUUCGUCAUCCUUUGUCUCAGCACCAAGAAUUACAACACCUGUACUGACACCAUCAGCCCCAUCUGCACCAUUUAAACCAAUGCCUAUGCAAAGUGAAUUGGUGGUACGACCUCUGAGUACAGGUUUACAGUCUUACCCAUCUUCUGGUCCAGCAAUACAACCUCCUCCUACUUUCACUUCAUCCACUGCUCCUAUUAGACCUUCUUUUGCUCCACCACCCACAACUGUGCUGCCAGGUCCCAGACCAAUGGCUGCUCCUCACAGUAACUUCUCGCCUUAUCCUCCUGCUUCAGCCGCUUCAUUCAACCCAUUGCCUUCUCAACCAAAGCCUCCAACCUCCAUUGGUCCUCCACAGAAUUCCAGUUUCAAUCCAAGUGCGCUCAACUUUGCCCGACCGCCUGUUGCAUUUCCUGCUCCUCCUGUUGUCAAUAAACCUCCUCCGCCACCCAAUGUUCAACAACAGCAACAGCUUUUGCAACAGCAACAACAACAGGCCCAACAGCAACAACUUUUGCAACAGCAACAACAGACCCAACAGCAAAACCAGCAGCAUCAACAACUACAACAACAAACACAAGCGUUUGUUCAACCUCAGUACCAAAACUCUGCUUCAGGGUACCGUUCUGUAGUUACUCAAGAUGGUUGGAACAAGGCGUGGGGCACAGACUACGUUGAUUUAUUGCAGCAGCGGCAUAUUCUUCCGCCUGAAAAAGUUCUACCUCCCAAGCCGGUUUUAGCCCAAGAGUUUGUGAAGAACUGCUCCCCUGAAAUCCUACGGUGCACCUUCACCAAAAUUCCAGAGACUAAAAACAUUCUGCAAAAAGCAAAGAUGCCCUUUGGUAUUCUGAUACAUCCUUUCAAAGAUUUAGAGCAAUUGCCUGUAGUUAGUUGUCAACAAAUAGUGCGAUGUCGAGCUUGUCGUACUUACAUCAAUCCCUUUGUUGUGUUCCGCGGCGAACGCCGUUGGGAGUGUAAUUUAUGUUAUAGACUUAAUGAUUUGCCUGAAGAGUUUCAAUAUGAUCCGGUGAGCCAAACGUAUGGUGACCCCUCUCGCCGCCCUGAGGUCAGAGAGGCCACCAUAGAGUACAUCGCACCAUCCGAGUACAUGCUGAGACCACCUCAACCAGCCACGUAUUUGUGGCUCUUGGAUACAUCACGCCAGGCUAUCGAAACGGGUUACCUGAAAGUCGUGUGUGAUACGCUGCUUGAGAACAUCAAUGCCAUUCCCGGCGACCGCCGUGCUCUCAUUGGCUUCAUGACGUUCUCGUCAACUGUGCAAUUCUACCUUAUGCCUGAGGGCAGUGAUGGUGUCAAUAUGCUGGAAGUCGGCGACUUGGACGAUAUCUUUGUUCCACACCCUGACGAUCUGCUAGUAAAUAUCAAGGAGCAGCGUGAACAGAUCGAAAAGCUGCUCAGAACAUUACCGCAGACUUUCGCCGACACGACACACACGCAGUCCGCGCUGGGGCCCGCCCUAACUGCCGCCUAUAAGCUUCUCUCUCCUCUUGGAGGGAGACUUACGGUCCUGGCGUGCCUUCUGCCGAGCAUCGGGCCUGGGGCGCUCAAACCUAGGGAAGACCCCAACCAGCGCGCUGCUGCUGAUGUGUUGCACCUUAACCCAGCGACUGACUUUUACAAAAAGCUGGCUCUUGACUGCUCAGGACUACAGGUCGCAGUUGAUCUGUUCACACUCAACUCCCAAUAUGUCGACCUGGCGACCUUAUCCGGUAUCAGCAAGUUCUCUGGAGGGUGCGUGCACCAUUUCCCAAAUUUCCACGUGCACCUGAAUCCUCCUCUAGUGUCUACAUUUGUUUCCUGUCUCACUCGCUACAUCACCAGAAAGAUAGGUUUUGAAGCUGUCAUGCGAAUCCGCGCUACUAGAGGCCUCGCAAUUACGAACUUCCACGGACAUUUCUUCGUGAGGUCUCCUGAUCUUUUGUCCCUUCCCAACAUCAACCCCGAUGCUGGUUUCGCCAUGCAAGUAUGCAUCGAGGAACCACUUCAUAACAUACGCACCGCAGCUUUCCAAGCAGCGCUGCUGUACACAUCGAGUCGCGGUGAAAGGCGCAUCCGCGUCCACACGCUCUGCCUGCCCGUCACAGGCAACCUGCCUGAUGUCCUACACGGCGCCGACCAGCAGGCGGCCAUCGCGCUGCUCGCGCGCAUGGCUGUCGACCGCUGCUUGGCUUCCACUUCAACGGACGCUCGUGACGCGCUUGUCAACGCGGCCGUCGAUGUCUUGUCUUCGUACAGAAACUCGCUGUCGCAGUCGCCUGGACGAGCACUCGUCGCCCCGCACAACCUCAAGCUCUGGCCGCUCUAUACUCUGGCGCUGCUCAAGUCGGUUGCGUUCCGCACUGGCUUGAGCACCAAGCUGGAUGACCGUGUGUUUGCUAUGUGCGAGCUCAAGACGAUGCCCACACAGACGCUUAUCAGCAGCAUCUACCCUGACCUCUACCCCAUCCACGCCCUCACCGAAACUGGCGCUCUCAACGUCAAUGAUGAGGUGGUGCCUCAGCCUCCAAGACUGCAGUUGUCAGCUGAGCAUUUGUCCAUGGACGGCGCGUAUCUCGCUGACACAGGCUCGCGUAUGGUGGUGUAUAUCCGCAGCGGGGUGAGUGUGGAGUGGCUGCAGCAGGUGAUGGAGGUUGAGCACUUUGGCGCCCUGCCGCAGAUCAUGCACAGCCUACCUGACCUCGACACGCCCGCAUCUAGGCUCCUCAACGCCUUCGUCAGGCACCUCAACUCCAAUCGCCCCUUCGCCUCCCCGCUCGUCGUCAUAAGAGAGGACAGCGCGGCUCGGGGGCAGUUCACGCAAUUGCUCGUGGAAGAUCGAUCAGAAGGCGCCAAGUCCUACGUGGAGUUCAUCCAGUUUUUGUCUAGUAGCGUAAAAUAAUGCAAUGUGACUCCUCAGCUCUCUGUCUCACUGGUUUUGCUAUCGAGAAAAAAAUGGACGUUCAGUAAGAUUUUUUCUACACAAAUGUACUCGCUCUUGUCUUUAGUUAAAUGAAAUUUUUCUAAGAUACGAGUGACCACACUCGGUUAUUAAAACUUGAGUGUUUCUCUUCGAAUAGCUAGUUAGAUAAUUUGGUUCAGUCGCAAUUCCUAAAUAUGUAUGAAGUGAUAUUUAAUGCAUAGCUAAGUUGACCUGCAUUUGAAUUAAUCAAAGAAUCCUACCAUCAUUUUCGAUUUCCUAUCAUCUACGGUACGUGUGAAAGAUAAAGCAAUUUUGGCCCAAGUUGUGAAUAGGCCAUUAUGAUAUCUAAUUGCACAAGUAAUGCUAGGGUUUAAUGGAGAAUUGUUUAAAUUCCGAUUUUUGUAAGAGAUUAGUGAGCUGCAUCAUUGUAUCACAGAUAGUAGAUAGAGUAUCUUUGUAAUAUUCGACUAAUCUGAAUAUACUAUAUUGAUUACAUGGUAGCUUACUUUAGUUAUCUCGACUGGAUAAUGCAGGAAACAUAGUAGACGGCAUGCAAUUUGGAUGAGCAAGCACUGAACAUUUAUUGCAAUGUAAUGAUAGCAAUUGAUGCUUUGGUUCCAUUGUGGUCACAUUGAAACUGUAAGCCUCUUUGAAUUAGAUGAGUGAGGUUGCACGACAUGUAAUGGCGUACGCCUGCCGUUCACCGGCAUCAUAUUAUUUGCGAAGACCUUUAGAUAUCGUGCAGCCAACUUCACCCUAUAUUAAGCAUUUGUUAGUGUUAGCGUUUUGUCCUCUCACUCGCUACGGCUGAGUUAGAAGAAGUAGCGUUUAUUAUUCAUAUUGUUAGUUUAAUGUGGUCAAUUUUUAUUAGGCUAUAUUCGGAUGAAGUUUCCUUUGUACAACGGGUAGUUGUUAACUCCAACAAGUUCGUUAUAGCCAAGCAUGUGGGAAUUGUAGGUUUUUCAAUGGUUUCACCGUCUUGUUAGCUAAAUCUGUGCAUUUCUUUUCGUACUCCAUGGGGCUCUUUUUUUACUAGUUAGUGAUUGGUGUAUCCGUGAUACCUUCCCUCAAAACGCGCAUGUGUUUAAAGUUUUGAACGAGUCCACUGUCUUGCCUCAUUUUCUACUCUACAUUUUAACGCCUCUAUCUCACGCCGCUCGAUAUCAAUUCCUGGUUUUGGUGUGGUGCCCUGAGUAUAUUUUAUAUCAAAUCAUUGUAUUCGAUUUGCUUUGGCUCAGCAAUGUGGGCAUUUUUUCUGUGCCAUUGGAAAUCAAAUGUAAUGCUUACCUUUCGUUUAUGUUGUGCGUGCAGUUAGUCCAUUAGUCGAUGUAAUAAAUCUCCCCGUUAUGUGCCCUGCCUUGGACUCUUGCUAUUUUUCAUAAUGACGUUAAUAUCAAUUUGUGCUGAAAAUAAUCAUGAAUUUCCUAGAACUUUCUAAUGAAAAUUUAAUAUAACAUCUAUAAUAUUGACGAAAUGUGAAUGGCUUAGUAUCUAAAUUCUACAAAGAUGCAUUUUAGACUUGAAUUCUUUACAACUAUUUUGAAUGGAGUUCGAUUAUGAUGAAUUAAAGAUAUUACCAUCUCUCAUGUGACUUUCCUAAAUAAGAUAAUUUUUCUGGUAUGAAGGCCUUGGCUUUUACUCGUCCACUUAUGAUGAUGUCGAUUGGGUUGCCCUCUUGUCAUGGGCGCGUGUAAAUGAAGGAUGCUUAUAAUAUUAUUUGUGAUGAGCCCUGGACCGCUAUGUAUGAAGUGUAGCUGUAAUUUACGACAGAUUCAUUUUCGAAGAUCUGUUCUCUUUACAUUUGUACAUCAAUUAUCGAGUUCGACAUUCAUAGUGUGGGGGAAAGUUCUGUGAAUAUUCACCUUAGUUUGAUCUUUGUUCAAUAUUCACUGUAAUGAUUUAGCAGAGAUGAUGAAGGCUGAAAAUUUCUUCACGACAUUUUCUAGGUUUAAACGAGAUUAAAGUUGACUAGAAGACUACGUGUUGACAGUCGUAUUAAUAAGUUGGACUAUUUGCUUCUUGAACACACGCAAAGGUCUCGAGGCUUCAGUUGUCACACGCAGACAAAAUUUAACUAUCAAUUUUACGAAUAUUUUUUCCGAGACUACAGAUUAUUGUUUUCAGAUCUGCAUUGAAGGACUAGCGUGACUAGAAAACUGCAUCUAAACAUAAAAACUUGAUACAGACUCCGGCAGCAUAUAAUUGACUAUAGUUGUAACUGUGAAUUAAUUUGCUUUGCUUUAUCAUAAUGACACGUGGCGGAAAAAAUAAUUGUAAAUCGUUUCAGCACUCCACGUUUAGCAAAUUGUGAUUUUUAUACUUCAAAUAUAUUCAAGUGAUUAUUUAGUUUUAAAAUAUGUACUUUGGUAGUUUCUUUACAGCUCGCAUUUCGCAACUGGUUGCUCUGUGCGUCUGCCCUUGAAUAUUUCAUCUUAUUUGAGAAAUUUCUUCUCUUUCAAGCUUGCAAUUCUAUGCAUAUUGACGCAGAAAAAAGCAUCUACAAAGUUUAUGUUCACAGAAAUAUUAUUAACGAUUUAUUGUUACUGUAUUGCUGUUUACUUUACUGUUGCUUUGCGCUGGGAUGUCGAUUUAUUCAAUUAUAUUAUUUUCGGCUGGAA